AUGGCUGAUGCGUCAAUUCUCACCAACAUUGGGGACCGAGUUAGGGUGAAGGAGAAGGCGCGUGAGUUCGGCCUUGGUAUAUUGCAGGAAAUACCAAAGAUUCUCCAACACAUCUCCAACAGCAGUCACAAGCAAGAUGUGAGAGACUGGGAGAGUAACCUUCUCAAUUUGAAGCGCACAUCUCUGUCUCGGGAAAUUCUCGUCGGCGUCCAAGGCGAAACAGGUCUGGGGAAAAGCUCCCUGCUCAACGAGCUUCUCCGAAGCGAAAUUGUUCCAACGUCACAGGUGGAAGCGUGUACAGCCGCGGUCUGCAUUUACGGCUACAAUCAUGAGUCUGGAGAGAACAAGCGCUACAGCGCCAAAAUCACGUCCAAGAGCUGGGCGACGGUCGAAGCUGAGCUGACUGGCCUCAAGGAAGAGCUCGCCGAAUCAGACAAUCAACGUGAAGCUCACGAUGACGACGAUGCGGAUCAGAGCGAAAGUUGCAGCUACUACAGUAAACGGAACAUCGACAUGGUUUGCGCUUGGUCUGGUCUGGAGGAGGAAGACAUACGAAGUCUAUCGCCGAUUGAGAUCAUGCAAAAGGGCAAUUUCAAUAAGAUUCGCAACAGAGGACUCCGGCUACUUACCAACGAUAAAACGUGCAGCAGAACCAUUUCAGCCCCCAAUGCGAACAAGUUCAAGAAGAUGCUCAGGCCUUAUGCGGAGAGCAUGGACCUGAACUCACACCGAACUCAGUACUGGCCGUUGGUGGAACAGGUUGAAAUAUACCUGAAGGCGCCUAUUCUCCGGCAUGGGCUUAAACUUGUUGAUCUACCCGGAACCCAGGAUGCUCUGUCAUUCAGGGCUGAGAUUGCUGAGACGUUCCAGGACAGACUGGCGAAGCAGAUCGUCGUUUCUCCGGCAUCCAGAGCAGGAGACAACAAGGCAGCCGCAGACCUCAUCUUUACGGAGAACGACUUGAUGAAGUUUCACCUGGACAACAAGUUCAAAGCCGAUACCCUCUGUGUCGCGAUCACAAAGAUCGACGACAUCCAGACUGCAAAUGCGGCGGAGGAAUUCCCAACCAUAGAGAUCAUAGAGCUGCAGCGUCGUCUGAGAGGUGCCCCGCCAGAAGAGUCUGAAGAUGACGAGUUCAACUCUGAAGCUGAGGACUACACUCGUGUGUCUUUGAAGAAGAAAGGCGGCACCAACAAACGCAGACACGCCUCUGAUGUUUCAGGAGAUAACAAGAGACAGAGAGUUGACUCCUAUGAAGACGACGAGUCCAUGACAACACGGCUAGUUGAGGCGCAAUUGGAAGAGGAACAGGCGAUUGAAGAGGGCGAGUCUCGAUUGAAGUAUCUCUGCAUUCAGGAACGGAACUGCAAAAUGGUACAGAACGUCGUCGAAAGUCUGCUAAAGGCCGCAAAAAGCCAUGCAUCAUCGCAAGCAAUUGCAUCAUCCUUACCCGCGGUCAUUCCUCUAAGCAGUCAUGCUUACAACAAGAUGAAGUUUGGCAAGGAUGCGACAGGUUUCCCGACCCUCGAGUCGACUGGCAUCCCGGCUUUGGGCAAAUGGCUUACCGAUACGUCGCUUCCCAUCAGGGAAGCAUGGGUUGACAGCGACCUACAUCAUAUCCAGGUGCUCUUCGACGCAGUUCAUGGAUGGACCAAAGAUGAGUUCGACACCUUGCCCGUUCUCACAACAGAUGAGAAGAAGAAAAUUCGACAAGCAGUCCGCGAGGUUGGUGAUGAUUUGAAGGAAAUCAUAAAGAAGGUGAGGAUCAAAAUCCAGCGCCAGUUAAUCACCAUGAAACCGUUGCGAAGGAAGAAUUUGGUGAAAACCUACGUUAAAAUCCACGAGAACGGGGAAAACCAAUUGGAACGAUGUUUCGACAAUCUCAAGCAUGCCAUCAAGGCGUGGGAAAGUAAAAACCCAAAAGGUCAUGCGUCUUCUGCAGGUAAACACGAGAAGGUGCAUUGGGGUACCUAUAAGGCUUCUAUCAGGAGACACGGCGGUCUUUACAGAACUGUUCCCAAAAAGGGUGCAGUCCGACGCACUUUCAACUGGAUGGCUGACGUGCACACAUCAUUCUGGCGAGGCCACCACGAGAAGUGGCAGACUGCAUUCUCGCGGAACUUCCCCACACUCAAAGACAAGGUUAGGGGAACUAUACACCUCGCGUUCGAUCAAUGGAUCACAGUUCUUCUAGACAAUGAGGACCUUCCGGUGUCAUUCCGGGACAUGGUGAAGAAGAACUCUUACAAAAUGGAGAAUGUCUUCCUGCUCUUCACAGACAAGAUUGUGGCUAGCAUGGACAAACUUCGCGGGAAGGCUUUGAGGAUGUCAAAGGUUGACGUUCUCAGUACUCUGACCAAGCAGAUGAAGCCGGGUUUCGAAGCCGCGCUCAGCAAGAGGGGCCCAGGUAUCAUGAAGAAGCAGUCAGCAGAGAUAUCUGAGCACGUGGAGACUAUUGGUUUCGGCAUGUUCGAAAUGGUCCGCGAUGACCUUGAGGUGAAGCUCCGAGCAGAGGUCCAUCAGGUGAUGCUCGCUACCAAGAGUUACUGGCAAGAUCCUAAAGAAGGCUGUGGAGUGGUAAUACAGAAGGAGUUGAAGCGCAUUUCGACUCGCCUUGGCGUCAAUGGAGCCAAGAAGAAUGAUUAUGAAGGGACAGGCAUCGAUGAAGCGACGGAGAGGAAGCUCAUCGAGCUCAUUGGCGCCGCGCCCUUGAUUGCCUUCGACGAAAACGAUGAUAACGAUGACGCGGGCAAUGAGUUUGCCAAGGAGGAUGAGAUUGCUCUCAAGACGGAGCCUGGUGAGACCGAGGAGUAA